AUGAAACGUAUAUAUAAAUCUGGGGCCGCAAAAAAGGCAGAAAGAAAUAAAAAAGCAUUAUUAGCGAUCCAAUCUUCACCACAUCAAAAAAAAAUAAGUUUUCCUACACUGGAACAAGUGCAGCGUGUUAAGAUUACUGCGAAUAAUACGAAAAAGUUGCCAAAUGGCGAAGUGGUUCAAAGAAAAUGGAUAUCUUACUGUAUAGAAACAAAUUGUUUAUAUUGUUCUAAUUGUAUGGCUUAUGGAAAGCCAGUUAAUUUUGGAGAAAAAGAGUCAAAGUUCAUAAGUGGGUAUGAAUCUGAUAUUAAAUUACAAAAAUGCCCUUAUCGUGAUAUAAUGAAACAUGAAAAUUCAAUCUUCCAUCAGAAUUCAUCAUGUACUGCAGUCCGUUUUCAAUUAAAUAAAGAUAUUGAGUGUAUUAUAAAUCGUGAUGUCAUGGCAAAAAGGUCUCAAGAAGUACAUAAUCGAAGACAAGUGCUUGAACGACUAAUAGAUAUUGUUAUUUUUAUUGGUCGUCAAAGCAUCCCAUAUCGAGGUAAACAUAAAGCAGCAAAUUCUUUAAAAAAUAUUGAAGUAAACCAUGGUAAUUUUUUAGAACUAGUCAUGUUAAUUUCCAAAUAUGAUUGUUUCGCCCUAGUCACUCCUGCCAAGGCGGUCGGUGUCUAG